CCGAAUAUAGCUGGGGCUCGGGGGAGGAGGAGGAGGAGCAAAAAGCAUCCGUAGGUCAAAUCAGGGCUGUUCAUUGGGUCGGUCUUCGGGAGCAUAAAGCCGUGCAUCUUCUUCUUCCAUCGAGAGGAUUUUUUGGGAAGGCUGGAGGAGAGGGCGAACGGCCGGAGAGGGAGAGAUCUCUGAGGAAUUUUGGCGCGUUUCCUCGAAGGAGGAGAUCGUGCUAGUUGUUUUGGGGAAUUUGCAGAUCCCUGGAAAUUCCUUUAAGUCUUGUUCUGUUCUGAUUUUUUUUUUUCUUGGGUUGGAUUGAAUUCAUAGCCUUCUUCGGUUUCUUUAUCCUUUUUUUCUGCCUGGAUUUUAGAUUCGACUGUGAAUAUCCCGAGAUCGAACGCCUCGUUCGGUUGAUUUUCUUUGCCUUGUGGAGUAUGAGUUUGGGGCGUGGAGGUAGUUGGGGCGUGAUCUUGGGGGGGAAGAGGAAGGGAUUUUCUUGAAUGGAGGAGGGAGCGUCUCGCUCAGCGAUACAAGGGGAUUGCCGGGAUCUCAUGAAUUGCGGCAGGGUCGCCGGUUUCUAUUGCUGGGGUUGGGAAUUCCUUACGGCUCUUCUCCUCUUUAGUUGUUCCUUCUCCAACUAGAAUAAGACUCUCUCUCUCUCUCUCUCUCUCUCUCUCUCUCUCUCUCUCUCGAUCUUCCUUUUUUCGCUUUUUUUGUCAUUUGGUGGUUGAGCGGAGGAGCGAAAGGAAUGGCUCCUUCCUGUAAGCAGACGGCGAGGGAGUGCGGUGGUGGGGAGGCGCAGAGGUCGGCGCCCGCGCCCUUCUUGACGAAGACGUACCAGUUGGUCGAAGACCCGGAGACGGACGACGUCAUCUCUUGGGGGGAAAGCGGUGCCACCUUCGUGGUGUGGAAGCCCGCGGAGUUUGCCAGGGACCUACUUCCCAACUACUUCAAGCACAAUAAUUUCUCUAGCUUUGUUCGGCAGCUUAACACUUACGGCUUCCGGAAGAUUGUUCCUGAUAGGUGGGAAUUCACCAACGACAAUUUCCGACGAGGAGAGAAAGCUCUCCUGGCGGAAAUCCACCGGAGGAAGGCGCCCUCCGUUCAGAGCCCCGCAGCUGUUUGCGGGACACUCACCCAGCCAUCGUCCUCGCCAACAAAUUCCGGCGAGGACCAUACUUCCUCGUCCACGUCCUCUUCUGAUCCCUCUCGUAGGCAGCAGCAAUUAUCCGGCGAGGCGUCCCGAUUCUCCAACCUCUCGGAUGAGAACGUGAAGCUGAAGAAGGAGAAUCAGUUGCUCAGCUCAGAGCUCGCGCAGACUAGGAAGCAAUGCGAGGAGCUCCUCAAUGUCCUCUCGGGCUACAUCAACGUCUCGCCGGAGCACAUCAACAAGAUAAUGCAGGGGGAGGGCAUCAGCAAGGUUCAGCCUCUCGCCAGUGAAACAAGCCCAAAAAGGAUGGAAGAAAAGAAGGAAGAAGAAGAAGGGGAGAGUGUGAAGCUUUUCGGUGUCGAGGUGAAGGUGGCCGGAGAAGGGAAAAAAAGGUUCCGGGUGGAUGAUGUCUUGGUUCACAAGAGCCAGCCGUUCAAGGAGAUGAAAAUGGAUCUCCAACCCCCAUGGAUGAAGAUAUCCUCCCCGAGAGGUAGCAAAGUUUGCAACUAAAACAGAGAGAAUAAAGGAAACCGAAAAACGAAAGAAACAGAGAUAUUAGAGGUUAAAAACAAAAUGGAGUUUCAUGUAGCAGAACAAAUGAACGCCUUCUGCUUUUCUCAAUCCUCCGAAAAGAAGAAAGAAACAUGAAAGGAUGGCCUUGGAACGCAAGUUGGUUCUGUGGCCCCUGGAUGAAAAGUGUCCGUGUUUGUAUUCGAAGAUGUUAUGUUCAUAAGAUAUCUAAGAUCCCAUUUGUAAAUUUAACUCUGCUUCAAGGUACUUUGAGCUCUCCCUUUA